AUGCGCUAUUCACUCCGAGGAAGAAAUAAGCCUGCAGGCUUCUACAAUGAGGACUACGAGCCCCUGAAGCCGAAGACAAGCGCCGCUCGUAUCAAGGCUAAAAAGACACCCGCGAAACGAAAGGCAAAGGCUGCAAAGCCUGCCCCAAAGAAAGGAAAGAUUCCUAAAGACCUUGAUAAUUCGUACAUGGGAAUAUAUACUCCCGAGGUGCUUCCACGGCCUAAGAAGCAAACAUGGAAGCAUGAUGGAGAGAAGCCUAUCGCCGAUAUGAAAAAGGUUCCACGGGGAUGGAGUUCUCACGACUCAGACCUCGACCCUGAUGAUAUUGACGCACAAAUUGAGAGAUGCCGCGAAAGGAUCAAAGCCAAGAUCAUGCCGUCCAUCUUCGAGGCUCGCCUCAAAGAAUGUCUGAAUAGAAAGGAUGAACGCGAUACUAUGAUGAAUGACGAGGCAGAAGACCUCAGCUGGAACGUAGCCCAACGUCUGGAAGAUCUGGAAAAUAUCAGAAGCUGGCUGGAGAAAGGAAAUGACGACGAUAAUCAAAUCCCCAACGUUGACGCCAUAAUUCAGGCCUACGCAGUUGGGGAUUUAGACUGGAAUGCAGGCCUUGUGACCUACUGGUCAAAGGGAAAGCAACUUUGCCAGCCACGGCCGUUCAAAUGGGAAGAAUUUCUGGCCAUCAGUGCGAAGCACAAGGGACAUAUUGGAUUUUGGGUUGAAGGGGGUCCUAAAGUUGGACAGAUCCUUCUCAAGGAGAUCAAGCCAAGCACUGGAACGUCUAAUGGACAAGAAGGUGAUCAGAAUGGCCUACUUACUCCUUCAUCACCCUCCCCUGUCGACAUUCGAUUAAAUGACACAGUCCAAAGCCACCCAUUCAGCUACGUGAAAGACUCAGGCGCCCACCUGAUGACCAUCUCAGACAGAGAUUUCGCAUACCUCCAUAAAGUCUCAGUAACUAUAGAGGGGUUUGACCCCAAGCCAGCAGCUUCCAUGGGCGUUACGCGUGUGCACCUGCAUGGGGGAGGAGAGCUAUUUUGGAGGUCCAAGGCCCUCCAGAUUAAGUUCAGGGACCCUGAUCACCCCAAGCGCGGGGACUGGGAGUGGGUGCAAUGUCACUUGAGUGAGGAAAAGGUUAUGGGCUCUGACAGGAUCCCCGACUCAGGCAACUGUGUUCUCUACAGGGAUAUUCUUCUUUGGAAAUAUGGCCCCAGGGAGGGGAUCAACCGCAAGCCACAAGGAGUGGUCUAG